UUUUUUUUUUUUUUUUAUUCUUUAGGUAGGUUUGCACUCUGUACAGUGUGUGUGUGUGUGUGUUUUGAAGUUUAGAGAUGUAUAAGUAGAAAAACUAGUUGAUUUUCCUUUUUCUUUAGAUGUCAAUAACUUUAUAAACCUAUCAUGACUUUCUUUCUUGCUUGAUGUAUCACUAGCCUUGAUAUUAAUGAUUCUUGAUUCUUUUAGGUGUCUUACUAGUGCCAUAGUUUUAGAUUUUGUCUUUUGUUUUUCCAGUUCUAUAUACUUUUAGUACAAGCAUGUCAUUGUAUUUCAAAUCUUUCAACUACCAACAUGUGAAAAAUUGUGUAGAUAAACAUACAAGCCAGAGCCAGGGCAAGAAAAAUCCAAUAACCCCGGUCAAACUUCCAUCGUUGAUCAUCAAACAAGCCGAAAGAAAUGAUAAAAAUUGUAACUACUUCCCAUUUACUGCCCAAUCUAACUGCAUCGGCAUAAUCGGAGGCGUAUCGGUUGAGUCGAGCCUAAAUUUUGCAAAAAAGUUGGCCAAUUUUGAGGACAUUUUUGAAGAAAAAUAUAGCCCCCCGCCUUUUAUGCUUUCUUGUGAUCCAUCGCUAAGCGAGGAGCUUUCCUCCCUCGAGAGAGGUUUUUUUUCGGGAAGGAAUGGAAUGAUUAGAAGCUUUGGUCAGAGUUCAAUUGUGGAGAAGCUAAAGCGAAUGAGAACGUUUCUUGAGAAAUCCGGAGUUUGUUGCCUUGCGAUGCCAUGUCACUUACUACACUCUUGGUAUGAUGAAAUCGAGCAAGGAUCUUGUGUUCAUUUUCUUCAUGUUGGUGAUUGUGUGGCCAAAGAACUUAAGGAAGCUAAGCUGAGACCGAUCGAAGCUGGAAGUCCGAUUCGAAUUGGUGUUUUUGCUACUAAUGAGAACUUGGUAGCUAGAUUUUAUCAAGAAAAGCUUGAAAAUGAGGGUUUUGAGGUUAUACUACCAGAUAAGGCAACUGUAGAGCAUAUGGUGAUCCCAGCAGUUGAAGCAGUAAACAGAAAAGACUUUGAGGGUGCACAAAAUUUGUUCAGAAUAGCUUUGCAAGUUCUGCUUGUGAGAGCUGUGAACAGAGUCAUCCUUGCUUCUGAUGAUUAUCGGCAACUUUUGCCGCCAAACGACCCUUUGUGGACAAAAUGCAUUGAUCCCAUGGAUGCGUUAGCCCGUUCGUGUGUCAAGUUUGCUCAAUCUGUAGGUAAUCGUCUUGGAAUCCCAUAUUACAUCCUCAGCCUAAAGGGAAGAAUACGAGUCGAAGGGGUGUUCAUAACACCUCAGGUGGAUAUUUGUAUUUCUAGAAGAAAGCUCGUGUAA